UCUCACGUCUCUAAACACAAGCAGGUCGGCACGGGUUAAUGACUGACGUAAACGACUAAGAGCCGUAAAGUAAGAAUGUGUGGUUAGGCCGCUGUAUCGGGAGGCCAGGCUCCCCGAAGCGGAGAACCCAAGGUUUGGGGCUCUGUAGGGCUAACAUGACGCUAUUUUCUCUACUGCUAAGCAGGCUGCCGUCUUCGGUGCGUGUUGCAGGUACUGUGAAAGUGCGCCGCUGGGAGUCGGUAUGUGCUUGUACAGCUGCUCUCUCUCCUUUACCGGACACCGGGGCUCGCUGCAGUCACGCGGUAACACUAAGCACUUGGGACCAGAGACCUCCAGCGAAAGGCUGGUUGGGUAGCACGGUGUACGGGGAGAGGCACGCGGGGGUCCGCAAGCUAUUUCACAACCAGGUGUCAUGCUGCCUGCUGCACCGGGAACUUCACUUAACUCCACACCCUGGUUAUGCGAGGCCUGUGCCACAAGAGAAGAGAUGUCCUGAGUCUGCAGAGGGCAAAGAUCCAGCAAGUACAAGGCUGUCAGAACUGUAUGAAAAUCCAUGGACAAUCCCAAAUUUUUUAUCAAUGACCAGGAUUGGACUGGCACCUGUCCUUGGAUAUCUUAUUGUUGGAGAAAACUUUAAUAUCGCCCUUGGAGUUUUUGUGUUUGCUGGAAUAACAGAUUUGUUGGAUGGUUAUAUUGCACGAAACUGGGCCAAUCAGAAAUCUGCUUUGGGAAGUGCUCUUGAUCCACUGGCUGACAAGAUACUCGUCAGUGUUUUAUAUGUCUGUUUAACAUUAGCAAAUCUUAUUCCAGUUCCCCUUACAAGCAUGAUCAUUUUACGAGACAUAGCACUGAUUGCAGCUGUGUUUUAUGUUCGAUACAAAACUCUUCCACCACCAAGAACUGUCAGUAAAUAUUUCAACCCGUGCUAUGUAACUGCUCAAUUGGAGCCAACAUUUAUCAGUAAGAUGAACACAGCAGUGCAGUUAGUCUUGGUGGCCGCAUCAUUGGCAGCUCCUGUCUUUAAUUUUGUGGAUAGUAUCUAUCUUCAAACAUUAUGGUGUAUCACUGCUUUUACAACCGCUGCUUCUGCUCAUAGUUAUUACCGUUAUGGACGGCAAACUGUGAAGAUUUUGAACAAGUGAAUGGUGCAGAGGACAAAGGGAUCUUCAGUUAUUGUAUAUAAUCUGUUUUGGAUUUUUCUAAUACUCUCCAAAAGCAGACAUUUAUGUUCCAAUAAAUGAAAAUAAAAACCAACUCUCACAAAACAGAUAUAAUCUGAAUCAGGAUGAUUACGUUAUUUAUACACUUAAUAUUCAAUAUUUGAAUUUUGUUAAAUACAUUUUAUAUAAUCUGAAGCACUUAAAAUUGUAUUUAUUAGAAUUUGUUUGGGGUAUUUUCCAAAAAAAUUGCUUAAUGCGGUAAUAAAUUAUGUAUGGAGUUUUGCAAA